GCGCCGCGAAGUUUACUACCCCGUGGAAGCAAACGCUUCACGUCUCGUCAGAAAAAAAAGAAGCUUUUCUCCACAAACCAAUCCUUCCAGCGAAGACGAACUACAGCCCUGGCCGCUUCUUCCCCCCUCCCACUUUCCCACCCCCGGUCUCCUACUGCGCUGAGGCCUUCUUUAGCCGUCGGGAGACCGCCCAGGAGGUGUGGCUUGGAGCCUGUCUCCAGCGGUGGUUUUUUUGGUAACCGAAACUGAGCGACGGGAGUGGUUUUGCUGGGUUUUGUGCCCCCUCGGCCUGAUACAAGGCAAGCCGCUGCGGGCGAACCUCGGACUACAAAGCGAGUGGAGGACUCCGGCGAGCGGUGCCGUCCAAAGGACGGCGAGCAACAAGUGCCCCUGGCCCUUUCGAGCUGGGCCGUCUACGAAGUUAAGAGGGUUCGGGUCCCCACUUCUUUCGGCUGCCUGAGAGCACGUGGCCCCGGCCCCUGGAAGGCGGACGCCUUGCGGAGGAACCAUAGGCUCAGGGUCCGGCGCCCCCGUCUGCUACUGAAGCAAGAAGAAACCAGGGCGCCCUCGAGGAGAUGCGCUGAAGCGAGGAGGAGAGAAGUGAAGUGGCGGCAGCGGGGUGAGUCACGAAAGCGAAGAGGAGGAGGAGGAGGAAGAGAAGAAAAAGGGAGACGGAAGCGGCCCUGACGUUUCUUCAUUGCCUGGUUUCCCGCAACCGAAAUGCUCCCUUCUCGCAGUCGGUGAGAGCCCCGGGAGCCACCCCUUCUUCCGAUUGCUCGCGGGCCUGGGGCACUGGUUCCAGGGGGCAAAGCGAGGCGCUCUUGUACCGGGGGGAAUCCACUCCGGACUGUGGGAGGAGCGAGGGGCAAGCGCCGCCGAAACAACGUGUAAUGGGGGAAAACCCGGCACAUCCUGGCUUUGCUGGCAAGGCCAUCAUCUCCUAAGAGCGAUGGUGGCGGCUUCAUCAAGGACGACAGCAAGAGCACCAACUCCGGUCACAGGGACCCGGCGACGUAGCAGGAGGAGCGGGCCCCGGCCAUUGUCUGCCAAGAUAUGAGACAUGAUUGUUGGACGCAGAAGAUUAAAAUUGCUGGGAAUUCUGAUGAUGGUAAAUUUCUUUAUAUAUGUCAUUGUGGAAGUCUCAAAAAAUAGUGGUCAAGACAAAAAUUCAAAACGACAAGUUAUACUCCCAAGGAGCAGGUUUUGGAGAAAGUAUAUUCCUCACAAGGCAUAUUGGAAUAAACAGCAGCAGAAGUUGGAAGACUUGUAUAAUCCUAUUUUUGCAUUGCUUUUCAAUAUGACUGUGGAAGAAAGGUUAUCUUUCAAUAAUAGCUUUUUGAACUCCUGUGAUCCUGAUCCAUCUUUAUCCUCAGAUCUUAAAGAUUUUGAAGACUUACCAGAUAGAUUUAAAGACUUUUUUCAUUAUUUAAGAUGUAGAAAUUAUUCAUUAUUAAUAGAUCAGCAACACAAGUGCAAACAUAAACCUUUUUUGCUUCUGGCUAUUAAAUCACUCAUACCACAUUUUGAUAGAAGGCAAGCAAUCCGGGAAUCUUGGGGAAGGGAAAUUAAAUUGGGAGACAUAACUAUUGUGAGAGUUUUCCUAUUAGGUCAAAUUCCUCCCGAAGAUAACUAUCCCAAUCUGACAGAUAUGUUGAAAUUUGAGAGCAAAACCCACCAAGACAUACUUCUGUGGAACUACAGAGAUACUUUCUUCAAUUUGACUCUAAAGGAGGUACUAUUUCUAAAAUGGGUUAGUAACACUUGCCCUGAUGCUCAGUUUAUUUUCAAAGGAGAUGAUGAUGUUUUUGUGAAUACUCAUCAGAUCCUGGAUUACUUGAAGAGUUUAAGUAAAGAAAAAGCCAAAGACUUGUUCAUAGGUGAUGUUAUCCGUGAUGCUGGACCUCAUCGUGAUACAAAUGUGAAAUACUAUAUCCCACACAGUAUUUAUGAAGGCUCUUAUCCUCCAUACGCAGGAGGUGGCGGAUUUCUUUAUUCUGGUGAUCUGGCAUUAAGAUUAGCUAACAUAUCUGACCAAGUCCUUCUUUAUCCUAUUGAUGAUGUGUACAUUGGCAUGUGCCUUCAGAGACUUGGGCUUUCUCCAGAAAAACACAAAGGCUUCAAAACAUUUGACAUUGAAGAGAAACAGAGGGACAAUAUAUGCUCCUAUACAAAUCUAAUGUUAGUCCACAACCGGAAUCCUCGAGAGAUGAUUAAAAUCUGGACGAACUUGCAAGAUCCACAUUUAAGUUGUUAAAAAUGUAUGUCCAAAAAUUAUUCCUAAAUUUCAGUUUAAAUUCUUUGGCUAAAUGGUAAGCAUAUUAUCUUCAAUUGGUAGCUUGUUUUGUAAACCAAAAUUAGCUAGUAACAUUGUCUAGUACUUCUAAAAGUGAGAUUACAACUACAAGAGUGCACAUCAGAAGAUAUGGCAUGAAAAUAUUUUCAUUAUAGUACUGUCCUAAAAUUUUGAAAAAUUAAAGCUUUCCAAAGUUGUGAUUAGUGUAAUUUUAAAGAAAAACUGAUUAGUCAAAAUAUAUUCAGUAAAUUGCUCUUCUUCUGAUACUGUAAUUAAAUUAUGGUGAUAGAUUCCAUCAUCUUUCCUGAGAUGAGAAAUUAUAGAGAUUUUGCUGUUAACUCAAGACUCUUAUUUUCCCAAUUUAGCUUCCAUAAUAAUUUAAUAUCAUAAUUAAAGAUGGGUUUUUGCAGCUUAGUUUCCCACCUUCAACUCCAAAUCCUUUAUCACUUCAUUAAAUAAUAUUUUAGUUAACGAUGUGUAGAAACAUCUCUAAUAUGGGACUGUGCAUUUAAAAGAUCAAAUUUUAUGUCAGUGAGAAUCUCAUGAAAAUGGUGAUAAUUGAGAUACCAAUUUUUAAAAAAUCCUUAAGUUUAUUGUGUCUAUUUUGGAAGGAAUAGAUUCUAAAAGUCUCAAAUCACUAUAUUGCUAUAUCUUCAUAUGUGUUAUAUCUGACAAUUCAAACAGCAUUUGCUGUCUUUGUACAUGUAGAAGUGCCUGUAUUUAUUGUUUAAAUGGAAGACCAAAAUAUUUUCUUAAAAAUAUUUAAGAAACAUUUGUAAAGCGCUGUCAGUCAUAUUUAAAUUAAAUAGAGUAUGCUAUUUUAAAUGUGUUGAAAUGCAAAAUGUUAAAUAAAAUUGUUUUUGAAUUUGAAAAAAAAAGUUAUUUGUGUGCAUUACAGUGUUUGUGUAGUAUGUCUAGACAGUUCUAAAUACUUCAGUGCUUGGCAACUGCUUUUGACUAACAGAGCAGUUAAAGAAAUAAAACUUCCACAUAUCAGAGUUCUUUUCAUGGCUUGCUCCAUUGCAUGAAGGAAAAAAAAAUGACAAAUCUAGCUAUUUUUUAUAUCUUUAUCAUAUUUCUAAGGGGGGUAUUGUGGGGAAAAACUGGAAGAGGGAGCACUGUGCAAUUCCCCUUGACCCCUGAAUGAAAAACAGAAUGGAAAUCAAAUGAAUAUAGUUUGCAGGAGCAAACUUGGUUUAAAAGGUAGCACUGAAUGAUACUUCACACUGAAAAUUUUCUUCUAUUGGUACAAAAGUGCUGCCAAAGAUGUUUCUGUUGUUCUAGUUAUUCUAAUGUUAUGAAUUAAAAUACUAGAAAACAUAUUUCACAUUUAGGUACAGAUUUUAGGAGGAACCAUAAAAAAACCUAGAACUUCUCUAUGCUGUCCAGCUUUACGAAAGUAUACAUAGAACAAAAUUAAUUACUCUUAUUGUAUCCUAGUUUGUUCUUUGUGUUAAUUAACCAAAAAUGAAAUAUCCUCAUGUAGCAACCCUAUAUUCAUUUAAAGGCCAUAAGUCUCAAUGAACUUAUAUCUGCAUAAGCAAAAUAAGAUUGCACUCCAAAUAUAUUUUAAUUUAUGAAAGUAGCUAGAAGUAUCUUGCUUCUUGUAUCAGCUAUCAAAUCUAUAGC